UUUUCGCUGAAUAUGUUCUAGAAAACAAAGAAUGGAUCACCCCCUUACUUUUCAGUCUCUGGUUCUUCGGCCACUACGUACUAUAGUUUUCCAAGACUCUUAGUGUAGAUGGAGGGGGGGGGCGAUGUUUUUUUUGUGGCAGCUUUUCCCAAUUUAGACUACACAGUAAGUAUGGUCUGGGAUGAUUUCUUACUGACCGGGUUAGUAAGAUCGAGGUUAGCCCGGCUUGGUAGCCAACCUCCAAAAUGCCUCAUAGUCUUUCUUGCUUUUUGUACUUCGGUGCUGGCUUGCCCACCAUGGAUGAAACCGGCUCGUUACAAAACCGGUGACUCCUGAAUCAGGUCAAAGGAACAACAGUCAUCUCGCAGAUCAUAGCAGACAAUGAGAUCCGUGAUUCUCAGCUAGAG